UCACGUCGCAAAAAUCGGGGUUACAGUCAAAAGAACCAUCCUGGAAAUUACUGAUAUUCAUUCUCAAAAUUUGUGCAACAACACCGGGAAGAUGAAUAUAGGAAGCUGGGCUCUCCUCCUCCUUUGUGUUCUCCAGCUUCAUUUCGGCCACACUCAGCCACUGCCAAAGCUGACGCUGAAGGACAUGCCUGUGACGGCUACGAACCAGCUGAAGAUCACUGGGAUACCCAAGCUAAACGCCAAGAGGUUCAGCAUCAACAUCGGCCUCGGGGAGGAAAACAUUGCCCUGCAGUUUGAUGUCCGCUUUGAAUUCCACAAUGACCGCAACACCACUGUCUUCUCCUACAAGCAGAAUAACAGCACCUGGACCAAUGUUGUGAAGGAUGAACAUUUCCCCUUUGAGCAAGGGGAGGAGUUCAAGGUAAUCAUUACUUUCGACAAAGAUGAAUUCCUUGUCAAGAUACCUGGUAACUACGUUAAAUCAUACCCCAAUCAUUUUGGUGCUGAGAAGUUUAUGCUCGUCAGGGUACAGGGGGAUGUCAGAAUCAAGAGCUUCAACAUUGAAUAAGCAAUAAAGGCACGCCCUGUCUGGCUGCUGAUUGACUGUGAUCUGUGCCCUAUCUUCUGUGAAGCUUAACCAUGAUGCUUAUUGUUAACCUUGCUAAUGCAGUAGUGACUGUACCAUGUGUUCCUUCUUGCUAUAUGCCUCUGUUUGUAGAAACAGUGUGAACCUGUACAACUUCCCCAGCUGGUCUUCUGAAGAAAUUCAAUUGAAAAUGUGAAAAUUAUUUUGACAUUUCAGAUGUUUUAAUAAAUCUCACUGCAUUUUG